GUACACAUCGUCGGAGGAUGGCUUGGACUGCCGCUUUGGCCUUCAAACAAAAACCAAACAAAAACACACUGGUAGCGGCACCGUUUUCAACGACAGCAAUGACCAGAGACAAGUUGGUUGGUACUGUAACCGGAAAGAAGAGACAGUUAAAUUGACUAUUUUCAGCUCAAAGGCCACAGUCGCUGGGAAAGACGCUUUCAGUAUAAACUAGCAGUUGCCCCGUGUUACACCAACAGCCAGCCGCCAUGAACACUUGAGUAAAACAGCUCCAUCCAUUGACCAAGCUUGCGUUUUCAACCGGCUCAGUAAGUCCUCAUUCAACGACACCCGCGACAGUUUUACCUUGUGGGACUCUUCUUGUCUCCCAUGUGGUGAAAUUCGGGCUCAGCGGAGAAGAAACGGUUGAAUGUUACAGUUUCCUACAGACUUUGUACCCCCUCAUGAUGCAGAACCCAGGACAAGACAUGGACUCCAAAGAGGUUCGUCUUUCUCUGAGGUGUAAAGAUUACACCAUUGAAGUGUCGCUACUGAAGGAACCAACCCAUCUACUCAUCAUGGCAUACCGACAUGGUCGAAGCAUAAGAGAUGCAUAUGAAAAACGUUUUUCGGGAAUCGAUGCAAGAGAAGUGACUGUCCAUCGACUUGUCAGUAUUGUUGAUGAGAGGAAUCAAAUGCCUCGGCAAGAGGCGGACUAUGACAGACGGUUUCAAGAUAACCAGUGGAGCAGUGGAACUCGAAAUUACCGUGAUUCUCGUGAAUUUUGUGAGGAGGGCUAUUACCAAUUCAAUGAGACUUACUGUGAUGAGAACCCCAACUAUCUCAGUUUUCUCGGAAAUCCCCCACCUCCAGAAAAUGAGGGCCAUCACUCCCAUCAGUUUCACAGCAGAGAAUCAAGAAAACCUGGCAGACAUGGUCCCAAUUUCCGCAACAGAGGCCGAGGGUUGGGUCCUCGUCGGAGACAAGUGGUGGACACAAAAAACAAAGGUGACCAAGACUUCCGGAUCUCUUCUACUAUCAUCACACGGGAUCGCUCCCCUGCAAGAAGCAAAAGCCUUACCCUUGGAGGCUCCGGGUCAAACACCAGCAACAAGAGUUCCUCCCCUGACAACGACCAGAACCGCACACCCCAUCAGGCCCUGCAGAAACAAAAGCCCAGUGUGCCAGUGAGCCUCAUUCCCAGUGACUCUGGGGAGGAUUCUCCUAACAGCACAGAAGCUAUAAAGGAACAAACUCCAGCAUCUGUCGUGCAGUCAGAGGAGGUGGUGGCAUCCAGCAUGGAGCUAAAGGUGACACAAGAGGAUGAUAACUCGAAGGCUCUCCGGUUGGAAGCCAUUAAGGCAAAGGCUCUGGAAAUUGAGAAGCAUUACAGGCUAGACUGUGAGACAUUUCGCAUGGUUGUGAAGAUGUUGGUGGCAAAGGAGCCCAGUUUGGAUAAUCUGCUGCAGGCUCCACUGGAUGAGAACCUGUUGGAGAUAAAACAGCGCUGCCUGGACUCACUAAGGCACUUUGUUAAAGAUCUGGACGAGUCUGUAGUGCAACCGGACGCCUCGGCAAAAGCUACAAGUCUCAAAACACAGGAGUAAUGAUAUGGAGUCUUAAAAUCGGAUUUCUGAGAUGGUUUGUAAAUAUUUUUUAGUGUUUUUAAUAUAGAAGCUGAGAAUGAUUUACCAAAAAUACCCAUUAUUGUCAUAAACAAAGGACAUGGUGCAACAUAAUUUGAGAACAUACGCACCAGCGUAAGUAUUUACAUAAGGAUUAUGUUACUUUUGGUAUUUUUAUCAAAUGAAAGGAAUGGAUCUAUAGGAAGGUAAAGGCACUUCAUAUAGAUCUUUGAUGAGCCAUGUUUUGGAAAUGAGGGAAAUAGUAUUACAUUAAUUUUUAUUAUUUGAUUUAAGUUUGACCAUUUUACCAGUUAGGGG